AGCAGACGUCAUAAAGUGGUGAGAAGGGGGUAAACAAAAAGAGACAUGGCACUGUUUCCAUACUGCAGACGGCCCUCAGUAUGUUACUGUGGGAACCAGAAGCUGCUCAUUGUGCUUUGUGGGUUUAUCACCAGCUUGAUCUACUUUUUCUGGGGGAGGAGGAUACCUGCACUUUCUAUUACUUCCAUCCACCUGUUGUCAGCAGCGGAGCAGAAGGGAUCAGGAUUAGAAGAAAAAGACUUUCCUGUAAUGACUCCCUGGGGUGUUCCUCUGGUGUGGGGAAACAGCAAGUCGGCAGCCUGGCGCAGGGAGCAGUUCACCCAUCUAGAGGCCCGCAGUGGCCUAGUGGUCCUCGCAGUGGGAAACUACAACGUCUUCCUUCACCGCCUCCUCUCAUCCGCUGAGCUCUACUUUCUUGUCAACUUUUACGUAACAUACUACGUCCUGACUGACAGGCCACAAGAACUGGAUCCUCCCCCUAAGCUGGCAUCCAAAAGGGAGCUGCGGGUCAUUCCUGUAGCCGAGAUGCCAGGCUGGAACAGGCUUGGCCUGCGACGCAUGGCUUUGCUUGCAACUCUCAUCAAAGAACAGAUCAACUUGGAGAUGGAUUAUGUCUACUGCAUCGAUGUUGACCAGGUUUUCACUAACCCUGUGGGCACAGAAAUCCUGGGCAAGUUGACUGCCACACUCCAUCCAGAGUUCUAUGGCAAGCCUCGACACACUUAUCCCUACGAGACGAACCCAGACUCACAGGCCUACGUUGCAGGAGGGGAAGGAGACUUUUACUACACCUCAGAAUUCUACGGUGGACUGUGCUCCAGGGUUUUAGCCAUGACCCAAGCCUGUUCUCUGCUCAUUCUACAAGACCAGGACAGAGGUGUUCAAGCCCAAAUGCUGGAGGAGAGCUACCUGAACCGCUAUCUAAUCAAACACAGACCCACCUGCGUCCUCUCACCCGAAUACAGCUGGUGGGAUUCACCACAAGUCUCUGAAGUGCCCACUCACAGACUGCACUCUAUACGCAGACAGUGUUUUUCAACAGGAAGCUUCGAGGGAAAUUCAGAUCUGUGCUAAGAAAACAGGCCAGUACACAAAUACAGGCAGCACAGAUUAAAUUACAAGAGUGAAAGAACCCUGGAAUGUACGGAAUCAUCAUCUUGGAACAUAGUAACAUUAUAAGGA